AUGGCCUUGGAGCUUGGCCCGAGGGGUAUUCGAGUCAAUGUCGUGGCUCCGGGGGGAGAUCCAUAUACCUCGACGAAUGUGUCCGUUGUGUCGGGCGAAGAAACCAUGCAGCGGGCGGCUGAGAAGGUUGCUCUGGGAAGACUGGGCCAACCGGAUGAAAUUGCAGAUGUGGUGGCUUGGAUAUUCCAGAGUAGCUAUAUGAAUGGGAGUGUGGUCGAGAUCAAUGGAGGUUUGCAGUGA